AUGGAUAGGAUCGUGAGGCCGAACCUCGCUUCGGUCCUCCUGGAGGAGGUGCCCGCGGUGGUUUCGGUGGCCCUGUUGGCCCUGGCGGUGGUGCUCCGUACGGAGGAGGAUUUAACCCCGGCAUGGGAGGUGGAGCUCCAGGAGGCGGGCCCCCAGGUGCUGCCGUUCAACAUUGGUUGGCAAGACCUGAAGGAUCUGUUCCGGCAGUCCGCACGAACUGGUGGGGUUAUUCGCGCCGAUGUUCAUCUCGGCCCCGACGGUCGCCCCAAGGGUUCUGGUAUCGUUGUAUUCGAGUCCCCCGACGAUGCGAGAAACGCUAUUCAGCAAUUCAACGGCUAUGACUGGCAAGGUCGCGUAAUUGAGGUUAGGGAGGACCGUUUCGCCAAUGCUGGUAUGGGUGCUGGCGGUUACGGUGGCCGCGGUGGCUUCGGCGGUCGCGGUGGCUUCGGCGGUGGUUUCGGCGGCCGUGGAGGCUUCGGCAGUCGCGGUGGUUUCGGUGGCGGCGGUUAUGGUCGUGGAGGCUAUGGCGGCGGUCCUGGUGGUGGUCCUGGCGGCCCCAGCUUCGGUGGUCCUCCAGGCGGCGAUGCCUCUGUCCCUCCGAACCCUUUUACUGACAAUGCCACCGCCGGCACUGAGAAGAACGAGAUUAUCUACGUUCGCAACCUUCCUUGGUCUACGAGCAAUGACGAUCUCGUUGAGUUGUUCUCGACUAUCGGCAAGGUCGAGCAGGCCGAGAUCCAGUACGAGCCUAGUGGCCGCUCGCGUGGCAGCGGUGUUGUUCGCUUCGACAAUGCCGACACCGCCGAAACCGCCAUCAACAAGUUUCAAGGAUAUCAGUACGGCGGCCGGCCUCUGGGUCUGAGCUACGUCAAGUACUUGAACCAGGGUGGUGGUGACGCCAUGGACACCGACCAUGGUGGAUUGACUCAGGACCAGAUCAUGUAAACCAAGCAUGAACACUUGCUUGUGCUCGAAUCGAACUCAGCCAUUGGAUCGUCAACAGCCACUGUCGACAAAUACAGUCAUCAACGUUAUUGGAUGAGUCAAAGCUGCCACAAGAUAUCACUUCCGCUC